UUUUCCAGGUUCUUUUUAAAACCAGUGACUCAUCUGUUGCUUUAAUACACCUCUGUGUGGUGAGGUUUUCAACUUUUGAUACAAAAUUCUCUUUAACAGAAGACAGAAUUCCACUUCUUUUUCCAUUGUAAGGAUUCUGCCUUCAUGAGUUCUAUACAGGGAAGAUAAUCUGUAUCUAAAAUCAGGCAUUUUAAUAUGUGGCAGGAGUCUAUGUCUACCAGUUACAAGUAUACAUGGAAACACUGCAUUGUUCUAGAGGACCAAACCCAAGAGAGAAUAUGCAGAUGCCUGGUUCCUUUUGGUCAAACACUCAUCCACCUUAAAUCCUGCUUUAACAGAAUUAACCCAGUCAACUCCUGUAGAGAUGUUUCUCACCGCCUUCCUUAUCCCUCACUGUGCGAAAGCUGAGACAAACACUCAGCCCUCCAAACAUCUUCUGCACACACGGCUCACAGCAACUUUCAGGAGCUUGAACAGAGAAAAGAUAAGCAUUUUAGGCAGACCAAAUCAAUAUUUGGGUAAGAAUAAGAGAAGUGGAAGAUACUCACCAGAGUUUAACAUAGCCAGUGAGAGCCACUGCCAUGGGGAAUACCACCAGCAGCGCCAUAUCAAAGGAGAUCCUGGAGGACCUGAAGCUUAGCACCAAGUUUACAGAGACUGAGAUCUCCCAGUGGUACGAAAACUUUCAGAAGCAGUGUCCGACAGGACGCAUCACACCAGAAGAGUUUGAAGAGAUCUACACCCGCUUCUUCCCUGAGGCGGAUGCCAAAAGCUACGCCCGCCACGUGUUUCGUUCCUUCGACACCAACGACGAUGGGACUCUGGACUUCAAGGAGUACAUCAUCGCCCUGCACAUGACCUCCACCGGGAAGACCACUCGCAAACUGGAGUGGGCCUUCUCGCUGUUUGACGUGGACAAGAACGGAUACAUCUCCAAGACGGAGGUGAAGGAGAUCUGCCAGGCCAUAUUUAAGCUAAUCCCCCCAGAAGAACAGAAGAAGCUACCAGAGGAUGAGAACACACCCGAGAAGAGAGCCAACAAGCUUUGGGCUUUUUUCGAUAAAAAAGACAAUGAACGACUGGCUGAAGGAGAGUUCAUAAAAGGAGUGAUAGAAAACGAGACCGCCAUGCGUCUAAUCCACUACGAACCGCUAAAACACUGAAGUCUUCCUUUAUUUUGUUUCUUUUAAUUCAUUAUUUGUGAGGCUGGAUCCGUUCUGGUUUGUUUUUUUGGUUUUUCAGAUCCAGUUUUCCACUUUAAUCAGAUUAAUCCUUUGUGUAAAUAAAUAUAUCCUUCAGUGUCUUGGAUUCACCUAACCUAACAGUACAAUUGUUAGCUGUGCAUUAUUGUUUGUUAUUGGACUCACUUUGGAAAAAAAAGAGGCUGAUAGCUGUUUCUGCAUUUUGUAGUGAUAUAAGACUGCCAAACAUAACGCUUUUAGUGAAUAAUCUUUUGUUAAAAGAUCAAAAAUACCAUUCUGUAAACUCAUAAAUGUGUCAAAAAGCAUAUUCGUAGUAAAUAAUCAGUUAAAGAUUGUUAUCCAAGAAUGAAAGGCUAUGAAAUUCCUAAUUGAAGUUGCAACUCCAGGUUUUAUGCACAUUUGUUGUACAAUAAAAUAAAGGUUUUCUCAUACA